UCAGACAAUGUCUCAAGAAUUUAAGCUCGCUAAGGACUCCUUAGUCGCCUCGUUAUUCGAAUUAUCCAAGACAGCCCAGGAAGUCUCCGCUGCCACCAUCAACUUCUACAAUUACGUUAGCAACAAUGCUUCUCCAGAAGAGGCUGAUGAAGCCAAGGAAUUAUUAGCCACCGCUACUGAGUCUCUCAAGCCUACGAGAAAGAGAGCUUCCAAAAAGACAGAUUCUUCUCAGGGCAACGAAGAGCAAACCCAGCCAGGUUCGGAGGAAAUCGAAGAGCCAACGAAGAAGAGAGCUAAGCGCGCCAAAGCCGAAAAGGAUCCGAACGCUCCAAAGAAGCCAUUGACCACUUUCUUUGUGUUUUCUGCCGAAGUUCGCCAAAAGAUUCAAGAUGAACGUAAGAAGAACGGCGAACCUUUAUACACUUCCGUGGAAUUGGCACAGGAGGUUGCCAAGAGAUGGAACGAAUUGACUGACGGAGAAAAAGAAAAGUACAAGAACAAGUAUACCACUGACAUGGACCUUUGGAGAAAGGAGAAGGAACUUUAUGAUGAGACCAAGAACGCUGGUGACGCGGUUGCCAAGGAAGCCUCUAAGGAGGAAGCCAAGGGCCCUAAGACCACCAAAGCUACCAAGGAGUCUAAGGCCCCUAAGGAAGUCAAAGAGUCCAGCGAAGUCAAGGAAACUGAAGUCGUUGUUCCUAAGACCGAAUCCAAGAAGAAGGCCAAGAAGCCUGAAGCCAAGGAAGAAGAGCCUGCAGACAGUGAAUCCGCUUCCAAGGAAAAGAAGGCUAAGAAGUCCAAGAAAUCCAAGAAAGUUACCACUUAAACAAAACCUUGGAAUCUAGCCACAUUGCUCUAUACCUGUUAUUUUCUUUCAAUUCCUCAACUGACCUCACAGCCGUGUAUUAUUUCUCAAUCCUUUUAUUAUCUGCUUCUACUAUCCUCAUUGAUUGAUUAUUCUGUUUAAUUACUUUAUAUUCCUGUAUAACUACGUUCAUAUUUACUUUUGUCGUGUUUACUUUAUGCUAGA